AUGCUCUCCCUCGCCAACCUCGGUACCGUGCUCGCCGCGGUGAGCACCGUGUCGGCGCAUGGAUGGAUCGAUGUGUGGACCAUCGAGGGCGAAACCUACACGGGUUACAACCCUUCCAUCGCGCCGUGGGAAGCCGACCAAGGCACCAUCGCCUGGCCUGCUUGGAACACCAACCUUGGGCCGGUGUACGGCUCCAACGUCACGACACCCGAUAUAAUCUGUUCCAUCAACUCCACCAAUGCCAACAAGGUCGCCGUACCCAUCGCUGCGGGCGCCACCCUUGACUUGCACUGGACCGCCUGGGCUGAUUCGCACCAUGGGCCCAUCUUCACCUACCUCGCCGCCUGCAACGGCGAGUGCGCCACGGUUGACAAGACCGAGCUGAAGUGGUUCAAGAUCGCUGAGCUAGGCCAGCUCACCCUCGGCACCGAGGCCGGUUACCCAGGCACCUGGGCCGCUGACGAGCUGCGGGCGAACAACGGCUCUUGGCCCGUGACCAUCCCGGAGUCUAUCAAGGCUGGGAACUACGUGAUCCGGAACGAGAUUCUGGCUCUGCAUUCCGCGUAUGAUGUCGGUGGUGCGCAGUUCUACCCACAAUGUGCCAACAUUGUGAUUACCGGUGAUGGUACCGCUGAGCCCGAGGGCGUGGUUGGCACUGAGUUGUACACUGAGACGGACCCUGGGGUGCACUACAACAUCUACAACGAUGCGCCGGAUACUGUGUAUCCGCUCCCUGGCCCUCCGCUGUACACUGCUUGA